CCUCGCCUCGAGCUCCAGCAGUAUAAAUAAUAUAAAUAAUGAUUUAUUUCUGUUCAGGAGAGAAACUGCGACGGAGCUGGAGGAACAGCAGCCCACCUGAGAGGAGCUUCAGACCGGCCCUGAGAGUCUAAGAGGAAACUUGUGCUUUGAACCACUCGCCUUUGAAACCUGCCAUUCCUCACUGCCACCCUCGUAUCAUGGCGACAGCUGUGGAGGACACCAGCGUGUUGGAGGAGGAGCUGACAUGUCCGGUGUGCCUGGACCUUUACCGCGACCCCCGGCUCCUUCCCUGCGGACACAACUUCUGCCUGCCGUGCCUGCGGAGGCUGAAGAGCCGCUCUGAGCGAGGACGCCUGCGCUGUCCCGAGUGCCGGCAGAGCCACCGGUGCUCGGUACCGUGGCAGAAGAACUUCAAGCUCGCCAAUAUAGCAGAUAGCUUACGGAAACGCAACCGUGCCGAACAGCGUCCCGACUGUAGGAGGCAAAGCCCCACCCACAGGGCAGAGGGGGUGCGCUGCGAUUACUGCCCCCCAGAGGCUGCUAACACAAGCAAAGGCAGUACAGCGGUCAAGACGUGCCUGAAGUGCGAGGUGUCUAUGUGUCCCGAGCACCUGCAACCCCACCUGGAGCUCCCUGCCUUCCGGGAGCACCCCCUGGUGGAGCCACUUCAUGACAUGAAGAAGAGGAAGUGUGUGGAGCACGAUGAGAUGUUCCGGUACUACUGCCUGGAUGAGGGAUCCUUUCUUUGCAAUGCCUGCACCAUCGAGGGAGGCCACAGCGGACAUUCCAUCAAAACAUUAAAGAAUGCCAUGAGGGACAUGAGGGAUUCUCUGGAGAAGAAGCUCCAGAAAGCAGACAGGAAGAUCCAACGAGUCGAGAGAAACAUGCAGGACCAGGAUGAAGUGCAACGCCAAAACAGGAGCUUUUUGGAUGAAUCUGAGCAGCGGGUGACCGCUCUCAGAGAGACUCUGAGGACUCGCCUUGAAGCUUUCCUCACAUCGAUGUGCCAGAGCGUCCGCGACCACGAGGCCGAGCACAACUUCAGCAUCGAGCAGAACCUGACCCGGAUCACUGAGGACCGCAGCCGGCUGGGAGACGUCCACGCAGGCAUCGAGCAGCUGCUCCGAGAGCACGACCCUUUCCAGUUUAUUAAGGAGUAUAAUGUAAGUGCCAAAAGGUUCCACAGGCUUCUGAAAAAGCCCCUGUGUUUGCCGCACAGUGCACCGAUGGAUAUGGACACUCUGGGCUCGAGUAUGGAAGACAAAAUGGAGGAGUUUGUUACCGACAUACGGCAACAGAUCAUCUCGCUCAUCGACGCGCUGUGUGCCGGUAACGAGGGAGAUGAGGGAGUGGAGGAUGAAGAGGAGACAGAAGAAACUGAGGAUGAAGGCAGUGAGGAAGAUGAGGAAGAUGGGGAGGAUGAGGAGGAGAUGAGAAGCGAAGAGGAGGAAGAGCAGGACAACAGCGAGUCCACGGAUGAAGAUUACACGCCCGAGGAGGAGGAUGAGGAAGAGGAGGAAGCUGCAUAACCUGUCAUCGCUAAGCCUGCACUGCACUUGUAAGCACUUUUCUGCACUUCUCUGCUUCAGCGCAAUAUUAACUAUAUUAUUAUUAGUAGUAGUAAUAGUAGUUUUUUUAUUAUUAUCGUGAUUGUUUAUCAAAAUUCUUGGUAAUAGUUAAACAUACAACUGAGUCACGACUGAGGAUCGUGGACUAGGCAUGGACUUCCCAGUCUGGCCAAUAGGGAAGCUGCUGUGUUCUCCUGAAGAGCUUGAAUCUGCUGUGGUCAGUGUUGCUCUGUAAAGGAGAACUCCGGUGUGAAGUGGACUUUGUUGUAGUGAAACAUGAUCAUGAGUACGAACUGUUGUCUAAUAGCCCACCUCUAUUCACCCUUAACAUUCUCAAAUACAGCGCUUUUAGCCAAUGCUCUCAACAGGCUUACAGUGCUGGUGAUCGGGGCGUAGCGUUGCUUAUGCAAAGAAAUGGCUGUUUUUACACCAAUAACAAACUCAAAGUAUUUCCACACUUUAUUGGUAGAAUUCUGAGAACCCUGACAUUUAAAACCAGGCAAAUUUGAGUUUAGUAAAAAUAGUGAUUUCUUUGCAUGAGCAGCGCUGUGCCUCUAGCACUGUGAGCCUGUUGAGAGAAUCGGCUAAAGGUCUGUAUUUGGGAAACAGUGAUGGAGGCUGUUCAACAAAAGUUCUUACUCAUCAUGUUUCACUAAACCCCACGUCCAUUUCACAUCAGAGUUCUCCUAUAAGAGUUGCAUGUUAAUGUGAGUGUAAAUAAAAAAAGUAUAUUGUGUGUGGGCUAAAGGUAUUAUAUAAUAUUUAUGGUGUAACAAAAAAAAAAUAUUGCCAUUUUUUUCUCCACAUAAAGUGAAAUCUGGCAGUUGUUCUUUAUAUUGUAACUAAAUUUAAAAUUUGUGAUUUUUUUUCUGAAUGUUUCUAUUGAAUGAUGAGACCUUUUUAUUUUUUUUUUCAUUUUUCUUGAAAGUUGCCUUUUUGAAGAUACAAUGUCUUUGUGUAUGUCUUUAAGGCUGUGUUCAGACUGCAAGCCUUAAUCCAAAUUUCAUAGUCUGGACAACCAGAAAUCACCUAAAAUGUGAUUUUUGCAAUUUAGUAACACAAUUUGUAAUUGCAUUUUUCAAAAAAUGAAUCAGAUUUAAAGAGAUGCUUCUGAGUCUGGAUCACUUAUCUAACAAACAAACACACACGCACACACAGAUACCACAGCUACCCAUGCAGUUAACGCAUAUACCUGUACACAUACCACAGCAACCCACACAGAUAACGCAGCAACCCACGCAGAAAAAACAGCAACCCACGCAGAAAAAACAGCAACCCAUACAGAUACCACAGCAACCCAUGCAGAUACCACAGCAACCCACGCAGAGACCACAGCAACCCACACAGAUACCACAGCAACCCACACAGAUACCACAGCAACCCACGCAGAGACCACAGCAACCCACGCAGAGACCACAGCAACCCACGCAGAGACCACAGCAACCCAUGCAGAUACAACAGCAACCAAUGCAGAUAUAUUUGUGAUGUCCAGUCAAACCCCUUUUUGUAUAACAGUUAAGACAGUCAUCUUAACAGAUCUAAUUUGAGAAAUAAUCAGAUUUACUUGAAGUCUGAACAUAACUUAAGUAUGCAGAUGUUCAAAAGCUCAUUCCUUGUUAACAGUUCUGCUGAGGAAUGGCUCUGUUUCUUACCAAAGCUAUGAAUGUAACUGUUCUAUUAUCUGUACAUGCACAGGAUUGUGGGCACCUUUCUGGACAUAAACAGCGGCUAAUUUUGGUGCAUCCAGACAUAUUAAAGUGUCCAGACUGGUUAUUGUCUCAGGGUGGGGGUGAAUGUUAAAUAUUUACACUGGAUCUUUUUUUAUAUAUAAUAAUUUUGUUUACUUCAAGAAUAUUAAAUACUCUGUAUUGUUUACUUGCAGAAAAAAUAAUAAUAAAGUUGUGAGCAAUUCAUUA